AUGCCGUCCCCAAAGAGCCUUGCCGACUCAGACGUGCAGUCGAUUCUCGCAAGCGCGCCCCCGAAGCACACAUUCCAUCCCUCUCCAGGUGAGUGGGACGACCAGGUCCUCUACUUUCUGCUCCCGGAUCGAUUCUCCAACAACGCAGAGAAGGGCUACAAGGACAACUCUGGCGCCAUUGUCUCGGACGGCUCGACAUUCAAGUACGAGGGAGGAGAUUAUGAAGAUGCUAUCCAGACCGGUGCGGAUGCAGCGACGUGGAGAAGUGCCGGGACUGUAUUCAACGGUGGCACCUUGCGAGGCUUGAUGACCAAGCUGGGCUAUCUCAGUCGUCUUGGUGUGACUGCCCUUUGGAUUGGUCCCAUAUGGAAACAGGUCGCAAAGCUGGAAACGUAUCAUGGCUACGGCGUGCAGAAUUUCCUGGACGUUGACCCAAGAUUCGGCACCCGGGAAGAGCUGAAGGACCUAGUGACUGCCGCACACAAGCAGGGCAUCUACGUGAUUCUGGACAUAAUUCUCAACCACAGCGGCAAUGUGUUUGAAUAUGUUGCUGACAAUCCCCAUUACACCGGUGACACCUUCGACGUCAAGGGAUUCUAUGACAGGAACAGAAUUCCGAACAUCCCACUGGGCAGAAUCGAUCCCGGUCAGUACCCUGACGCCUUCCCUGACGCCGCAGUUUGGCCCACCGAGUUGCAAGACAAGGCGAACUUUACCAGAAAGGGACAGAUCAACGAUGACGGUUGGGAUAGGUCUCCCGAGUACCUUGACGGCGACUUCUACGAUCUCAAGGACAUUGCACUUGGAGUCUCAAACCCAGACAACUUCUCUGCGACGGAUGCGCUGAAAGCUCUGUGCCAGUGCUACAGAUACUGGAUUGCAUACGCCGAUAUCGAUGGCUAUCGUAUUGAUACGGUAAAGCACAUGGGCGACGGGCCUACAAGAUAUUUCGCCAGCGUCAUCCACGAGUUCGCACAGUACCUGGGCAAGGACAGGUUUCUCCUCAUGGGGGAGAUCACCGGAUCCCGGGCAUUCGAAACGGUUGAAGCCACGGGGUUGGAUGCAGCGCUCGGAAUUGGCAAUGUCCAGGAAAAGCUUUGGCGUGUUCCCAAAGGCCAAGCGAACCCAAACGAAUACUUCGAUCUGUUCAGGAAUGCCCUCUACCUCAACAAGGGUAGUCACACGUGGUUUCGAGACAAGGUCGUGACGAUGAUCGAUGACCAUGACCAAGUCUGGCGCGGCGGGUACAAGGGCCGUUUCUGCUCUGAAGGCAACGGUACCGACCUAGUCGUUGCGGCUGUCGCGCUCAACCUGUUCACUCUCGGCAUUCCGUGCAUAUACUACGGCACUGAGCAAGGUUUCGACGGCCAAGGUGGCAGCGACGAGUAUAUCCGAGAAGCGAUGUUUGGAGGGAAAUUUGGAGCUUUUCGCAGCAAAGACCACCAUUUCUUCGACGAGGCCAGCACCACCUGGGCGGAUGUUGCAAAGCUUGCUCAGGUGCGCAAGCAGGAAAUCACCGUUCGUCGAGGCCGACAGUAUCUUCGAGAAAUUUCCGGUGACGGUGUACACUUUGGGUAUCCGAGUAUCGUUGGUGCCGCCCCAAUGCAGUCCAUCAUUGCCUGGUCACGAUUGUUUGCGAGCGAGGAAGUUCUGAUCGCAAUCAACACCGACGCAAGCGCACAACUGUCGGUCUGGGUCACUGUAGACCACGAGGUUCAUCCUGAAAGGGCCACGAUGAGUCUGGUCGUGAAGACAGGGGCGGAACAAAUCCCCACUUCUCUGGCAGUGCAGUCGGUUAAUGGCAGAUCCGUCGUGCAGGUGACAGUUGCUCCUGGAGGUGUAGUCGUUUACAAAUGA